GUGAAAUUGACUGAAUGGCGGAAACAGGUGACUGGGUUCGGACAGGUUUCAGAACCGAUGCUCAACUUUGAAAGCGAUUACGCGGAGAAUACGAUAGAAGAUCACAGGUGUAAAAUUUUCGGCCAACAAGAUCAUCAUUCAUUCUCAUGGCGAACCUGGUGACAGUCAUUCUCUACUUCCUCUCCGUACUCCAUCCUAUCCUAGCGAGUCCGGUGGUCCGUAUGGGUUCAGGGACGUACCGAGGGACCAACAUCAUAACAGAAUAUGGCCAGCACUGUCGAGCGUUCCUUGGAAUACGUUACGCCACCGGCGAGAGGUUUUCGCGCCCGCAGCUAACUCCCAACAUCACCGGGGUAUAUAACGCGACGACGUUUGGCCCAAUGUGCGUCCAGAGUCUGUACAUCCACGGAACGAAUCGAGUAGACGGUGAAGAGGACUGUCUGUUCCUCAACAUCUUCGUCCCGAGGAGACGGUCGCCCACGAAACGAGCGGUGGUCGUGUGGAUCCACGGCGGUGGAUUUAUAUACGGCAGUGCUAGACCCUACGACGCCUCGAUUCUGUCCACUCUCGGCGACGUGGUGGUCGUCACCAUACAGUAUCGUCUAGGGCCCUUUGGAUUUCUCAGCACCAAGGACGACGUGGCGCCAGGGAAUCUAGGACUGUGGGACCAGCACGUGGCGCUUCGGUGGAUACACGAAAACAUCAUUCACUUUGGAGGCGAUCCCGACAUGGUCACCUUGAUCGGCGAGUCGGCAGGGGGCGCCAGCGUCAAUUACCAGGCCCUGUCGCGGGCUUCUAAGGGACUCUUCCACAGGGCUGUUAUGCAGAGCGGAGCGGCUACGUGCUCGUGGGCAUUCGCCAGGAAUCCACUACCAGCGACCUAUUAUCUAGCAGAAAAGGUGAACUGUUACCCUAAGGAACAAACCGACAAGCGACGGCUUCACCGGGAAAUUAUAGAAUGUUUGAAGGGUGUACCUUUUAAGACAAUCUACGAGAAUUCCUGGCCUAUGUCUUCGGACGUGCAGUCGGGCGUGUUCGACUUUGUGUUCGUGCCAACUGUAGACGAUGACUUCAUCGUUGCUAGCCCCCACGAGCUCAUACGUAAGAAACAUCACCUUCUGACGACGUCGUUGCCCAACAUCGACUGCAUUCUGGCCGUGAACAACAACGAAGGCGGCACUCUGCUCAAGCUGGUUGGUAACUUCGAGAAGCUCCUCAACAUGUCCCUGUUGUCAUCCAUUAAAACCCACAUCGGUUUCAAGUACAUGCUGCUCUCGCCACUCUUAAAACAGAUCUAUGGCGUUUCUAACCCGUAUGUCAUGGAUACUAUUUUAUACGAAACUAUUUACCCAGAAAGUCUCUCGACUGGCUUCGUCAGUAAGAAGGCGAUACUAAAGGUGGCGUCAGACCCGACGUUUGUGGUUCCUGUUUACCAGUGGGCCAGGACGAUCGCGUCACUGGGAGCGAAGGGACGGACGUACAUGUACCACUUCGACCACGCGCCAUCCUACGUCAACCAGAGCCACGUGCAGGGCAUGAUUCACGGCAUGGACAAGUUCUAUACGUUUGGCGUUUUUCAAAAUGAUAUUUUGCCGGGCAUCAACCUCCUAGGGAAUACUCCCAUUUCAACUGAAGAAAAGAACCUAGCUCGGACUCAGAUUGGUUUCUUAGCCAGUUUUGCGAAGCACGGAAACCCGGUACCCGAUUAUGACCGAAGACUUCCUAACGGUUGGCCGGAAUUUAACGAUGAUACAGAAAAGUAUUUGGUGUUAACACACAAUCUAACUAUUAAAGACCACCUGUAUAGGCGUAGAAUUUCAUUGUGGUCUGAACUUGUUCCAAAAUUAGUUUCAAAAAAACAUUUUACAGACCUCGAAGAUGCGUCUGAAAUGAUUGAAUUUAAAACUAACAUUUUCAAAAUGGAUGAACGAACAGCCGACCUAACGGUUAUAGGUUUAGCCGUGGCUCUUGUUUUCAUUCUCAUUCUGUUAAUUUUCGUAAUUAUAUUGUGCAGACGGAGAUAAUACUAUCUAAAGUGAUAAUUUUAUAUUUAACAGCGCUACAUCCUAUUUUGAACACAAAUCAAGAAACACCAGUAUGGUGUCCUGUUAAGACUGUUUGUGCGUUCGCAUUUGUCCACCAAGCUAAGCCAGAAGUCGACAAGACGAAGGAGCGAAAAUACGGCGGCGAAGGAGCGAAAACGCGACGGCAAAGGAGCAAAGACGCGAAGGAAUCCUUCGCCUUCGCGUUUUUGCAUCUUCGCCUUGUUAACUAGCGAUUUAACUAGAUCGACAACGCGAAGACACGAAUGACCCUAACAGGACAACACACACCAACCAUAACUUAUACAUGUGUAGAUAAUGUCGACACGCAGGGAUAGCAUUUUAAGAUCACAGUCAUAUUUUAAACACAUCCUUUACAUUAUUAUAUGAAAUAUUUUCAGUCAGUGCUGUUACAAAUGAAAUCGUGUAAAACAUCCAUCCGUUAUAUAUGGCGCUUGACAUAUUCUGUAUCGAAAUACAAGUAUUUUAAUACCUCAGUAUAAAGACUACCACAUAUUAAGCCAGGUAAUAUAUCUUGUAUGUUCCGGCAGGGUAAGCUCACAUUCACAAUUGCGCCCCGUACAAGAUCCUGUCAAAAUAUUUGUUCAUACCAUCAAAGAAGCACACUCAGGUAUAUGCUUUAUAUUUAUGCAUUCAGAAUAGACCACACGGAUUUUCCCGUGACAUGUCCUUCUUCUGAUUCGUUCUGAAUCAGUUAGCCGAUGUGUUUAAUAUAGGUCCCGUGCAAAUAAUGUUUUCGCAAUAUUGGCUUACAAGGGGGAAGAGCGGCGACCUAUGUAGCUAAACUUAGUAUUACAAAAUGGUGAUGAGACGUAUAGUUAUAAAUUGCAUUAAGGUGAGUUUGUUCAAACUGUUGUUUGUUCCUUUGUUUUCUAUUAGUAAACAAAAUGUUAUGUGAACGAAAGAAACAACUGAAUUUGCAAAGCCUGUUUUUGUUUUACACUACAUAUAUUUACAAUACUUAAACACCCUCGUGUUAAGAAAAAUGAGUUUCGUAAAAUCCGCCACGUAUGUUUAACGAUACGUCUGUACUGUUUAAACUAUGGCUAUUUGGUGCUUAACAGUUGUUUCGACGCUUGGUCUAGAAAGAACAGCAAUAGAUGAUUGAUAUGCUCUUCCAACGAACAAGGAAGUACACACCCACAUCUUUGAUUGCCGCGGGGUACUGGAUGAGAGAUCAGGUCAAGUUUAACGUGCAUAUUUACAGCAAGCUGUUGUAGCACACGUCAGUCAUGGGCGCAGGUAUCGACUUAAACUGGCUCCUUCGUCCAGGACAGGAAAAGGGUUUGGGUGGGUGAGAAGGGACCGGCCGCAUUGGCAAGUACAAGAGAGCACCAGCAGCCCGGUAGCGGGCAGGGGCAUUUGUGAUACUUUUGAAUUUUGAAUGUCCCGUAGAAUUGAGUGCCGUGCCCCCCCCCCCCCCCCCCCCCCCCC